GCCUUGCGCUCUCGCGAGAUUUAUCCUAUUCAUUCGCUGUCAGUUGUACGUGGCGACUGGGUCGUGCUGCUUCCCAGAAUUUCUUAACGAGUUUAAUGUUAAGUUUGGGAGCACGUUCAUGUGAUAGGAAUACAAGUUCUGGCGGCGUGCUGCCUUUGGAAAGAACAUCUGCGGGAUGGCAGAGAUGGAGUCUUCCCUGGAGCUGAGUAGCUCCUUCUCCGCCUCGUCUUCUCUCCCACCACCCCGUUCUCGCAUCUUUAAAAUCAUCGUGAUCGGGGAUUCGGGAGUGGGCAAGACUUGUCUCACGUUCCGCUUCUGUUCGGGACGGUUCCCCAGCAAGACAGAAGCAACGAUCGGGGUAGACUUUAGAGAAAAAAUUGUCGAAAUCGACGGGGAGCAAAUCAAGAUUCAGCUGUGGGACACUGCUGGACAGGAGCGGUUUCGGAAGAGCAUGGUUCAGCACUACUACCGAAAUGUUCAUGCGGUCGUCUUUGUGUAUGAUGUCACCAGUCUCUCCAGCUUUCAGAGUCUUCCCACGUGGAUUGAGGAGUGCCGUCAGCAUUCCCUAGGCAACGAAGUGCCCCGUAUUAUUGUGGGCAACAAGUGUGACAUGCGUGAUUGUGUAAAAGUCGGGACCGAUGCAGCACAGAAGUUUGCCGAUGUACAUGGCAUGCCAGUGUUUGAAACCUCAGCCAAAAACCCCAACGACAAUGACCACGUCGAAGCCAUCUUCAUGACUCUGGCUCAUAAGCUGAAAAGUCAGAAGCCACUAAUGUUAAGCCAGCUGUCGGGCGGGGACAGCACAGUGCAGCUGAAGCCAGAGCAGAAGCCAGCUGGAGUCUGUUGGUGUUGAAGAUGACUGAGGGGGCACAUCUUAACAGUUGUCAGCUCAUCUUGAGGGUCCACUUCCUGGUGAGCGCCUUGUAAGCUUCGAGAGUUAUUGUGGUUUAAGAGAAAAGGAGACACCCAAAGAGUUAUCAGAUAAAAACCACAAGUUAAUGACAGGCACGUGAGGCAUUUCCUUCCCCCUCAAUGGUUACUGCUUUGUCUUUGUACUGUAUAGCCUUACGCAGCGCUGUAAGUACCACUAGAAAUACACCACGUAGCAAUGAAGAUGUACCAUACGGCGAUUUGUUCCAACAGUCUCUUCAUUCUGGUAGAUUUAUAUUUUGGGGUAGGAUAAAAGCCAAUCUAUGAAGAAAUUGCUGUCACACAUAUAAUUUAAGCUUCUGAAGCACAUUCACAUUCAUCCUGUAGUGGAGAUGCCACUCGUGUGUCAUUCAAACCAAGUGUCCACCUUUAGAAAAGGGAAUUAUUUUAUACCUGGCUUAUUUAUUUAUUUUUUUGGUAGCCUUUUUCUUUUUUCUCCACCAUAUUGCAAGUAGAUUGGAUUGUCCAGAUGAUCUGUUUAUGCAGAUAUGUCUAUGUUAAAUGUAUUUCCUGUGUUGUGUUCUGAAAGCUUUGAGAAUGUUAGUCAGAACUGACCUGAUCAGUCUUAGGUUUCCCAGCUGGGACUGGGGGAAGACAUUUGUAAACUUGUGAAGGAGCGGUUAGGCCUCAGUAAAGCUUGGAUAUGGAGCAAGCUGUGAUGCUGAACAACAGGCCAACUGCAUUUUUUGGUAUGUCGGUGUGAAGAUCAGUGGUUUGUAUAAAUUACAGACUUGAGGUGAAGCUCUAAAGUUUACAUGAAAGUAUAACAAAAAAAUCAACAGAAAAUCAAGAUGGUUGUGGUAUCAUUUAAAGAUUCUGUCAUUCACAUAUUUCCACAGUCAACCAACCCAAUAGUUGGAAAAAUUGAUUUUUUUUUUUAAAUCAGGCAUCCCUUUGUUUUAAUUUUUUUCUAAAAUUUAUCAUAUUAUAUCUUUCUUUGGCUCACAUUUAACCAGUGAAAUUAACUAAUGUGAAUAAUUAAUGCACCAAUGAAGUGUUAAUAGUUAUCUCCUUAUAAAUUUAAACUAAUGUUACAUAAGUUGGUGCAACCAGUACAAAAACAUUCUUCUUUACUUACACUGGCUUCAAGGUCCAGUAUCAAGUGGGAAACUUCAGCUUACUUCUCAUCUUUACAUGGACACCUUUAAGCUCCUGCUGCUUGUGGAAUUUUAUAAUUUAAUUUUUUUAUUUUUUGAGAAUCGGUUGCCUGAGCCGCCAAUACACUAAGCCACCUACCUACUCAGAGCUCCAGUUCAAACAACAUCCAGCCUAAAGAACAGAAUGAUGGGAUUUGCAAGGUGGGGUUCAUACUGGCUCACAUUCUCAAGCAGAUGGAAGGAAGUGUGGAGUUUGAUGUGAUCAGUCAUCUCUCCGACAAAUUGUGCAUCCUUAAAGGAGCCACUGGGCCUCUUAAUCUGAAAAGAGAUUAAAAAAAAAGGGUUGCUGAGACUUUCCUAGUUAUAAUCAUACAGAAAACAAAAAAUGUUUUUGCUUCCUAACCCCUUGGACCCCCGUGGAGGGAGUGAUUCAUACUGUUAUGAUCCUGACCUUUCACUUGUCUUUGUGAUUUCUCAGUUGUGUUGCUGGCCAAGUUCCACAAAGGGGACUUGUGGUGGCCAUGCAGCUUUCACGUCAAUGCCAAGGUUCACAGCACCCUGGAUGAUGCUUGCAUGUAUUUAUUUUUGGACAGUUGUGCGUAGCACAGUAGCCAUUGGACAUCUCCCUUAAGUGGGCUGCAUCUGCAUUUUUUUUAAAGUGAUUUGUCAAUACUGACCUACACAUCUAAAAUAAGUUAGAAAUGUUAUGGAACAAGACCACGUGCUGCUAAAUUCUGUUAAUCUGAACAAACAGAGAUAGCUCCAUUGUAAGCAAGCACUUUAGAUGGUAUCCUAACAGGAAGAACAAUACUUGAAUUAACAAAAUUCUAGAUGUCAGUGUCAGCCGAGAAAGAAAAUAAAUUUAAAGGCUAGUGCCACCUUCCUGGAUGAUAAUUAGAUUUAAGAGAUUAUACAGUAACUGGCCGUGUGGUAAACUGCGUACUACCGGGACAUUUUCAGCAAAUGCUAUAUCACAAUUUAGAUUUGGUACGCGUUGCUUGAAGAUGUCUACAUCUUUACAUAUUCCGAGCCGUGCUGCACUCGGCUGGUGUGUUUCCAGCUCAGGUGGUUGCUUCCUUCUGGCUGCUGCCCUGAGACAUCGCUGGAGAUCUGAAUGGGCAUCCAGUCACAGACGUCUUCAGUAAAGUGGUGAGUGGGGAUUGUGAGAGUUCAUGGACAGCAGUUGAAAUCUCGAACAAUAACGAUUAUAAAAAAUCAGCAACUCCACGUUUACAUUUUAUGGUGAGUAAGAUCGUUUUUAACUUCAAGUAAUGUAUCUGAUACUGUUUGGUGGUAAUUUUCUUCAGUUGCUAUUUAUUUCUCCCCAGUUGUGUCGUGCUGGUAAAUUUCAUCUUUGGUGCCGAUUGGGAGAACUAAUUCAGAUAGUAAAUCACAAGCACCAUGGGGUGGACUUAAUGGUUAUCAUGGCCAAGCUUACGGAUCCCGAGUUACUUGUAAAGCAUUCAGUGGUGCCGUGUUGGACAGUGCAAUAUGUAGUAGGGUUGGCGUUAACAUACACUUCAAGCCUUAAAUGACACAGAGGAGUCACGCAGCUUCAUGAGGAGUCUUGUUACCUUGUGGAUUAUGUUUAGGAGGAAAAAUCUUUUUGGGUUUUUUAAUAUUUAAAAGUGAGGCCUUUUAAAUGCUUUACUAAUUUACAUACAUCUGACACAAAUGGAAUGAUCAGGGUACUCCGAGAGAAGACAGGAAUUAGCAGUGUGUAGCAUAUCAGACUGACCAAAUAAUAUAAUGCAGGAAAACAACUUCUUCUUCUUCCCAUAAUACUGACUCACAGAAUAAUAAAGAGUGAACCGCUUGUGAACCAAGAACAAUGCAAUUACUGUUUUACGUGUAAUUUCAACUUUAAUGUUUACAAAUAACUGUGCUCUUUUUAUUGUGCAAUAAAGUUUGAAUAAUUUAA